GCUCUUUCCCUUCUCUCUCGGGGCCGAGGUGCCGCCUUCCUGGCUUCAGACGCGCCGGGCUGGGGGGGCUGCGCCGGGUCAGCACCUCUGGUUGCCAUGAGGUGGCUAGGCCAACCGUGCGCUCUGCCUCCGUUUUUGCCCAGGGGAGCUUUCCAGGCGAUCGGCGGGCGCUUUGCUGCUGGCACUGGCGGCAGCUUCCCAUCCCGGGCUGCGCCGGGGCUCCUGCCGGGCCAGGUACAACUCAGCUGGGCAAUCGAGACUCAGCUACCCGGCCGAGGGCACCAGCGAAGCGGUCUCCGGCUUCUGGGCCGCCUCUUGCGGGAAUCGGGGCUGGUGCUGCGCCCCACUCGCUUUGGGCUCCCCGCGGUGGCUGGUGGUGAUCCCUUCCGCAACGGAACUGAUCCGCGGUGCCGCCGGUGCAAUGAGUUGGAAACGCCGGCGACGAAGCCCCGCCAACUGCGCCCUCAGAUAGCCUGGCAUGCAACGAAGAGCGACUCUCCUGCAGGCGGAGAGGAGAGCCGCGGCGGCGGACCCCGCAGCAACCUCGCACCUCCCAAAACUCCAGGUACAUCCUCAGAAAAUCUCACAGAUCCCAGCCAGGAAAAUGGGAAGAAACCAAAUAAAUCACAUCAGUUGAAGAAAAUUUUUAAGGAAUAUGGAGCUGUUGGAGUAACAUUUCAUAUUGGGAUUUCUUUGAUAUCUCUGGGAAUGUUUUAUCUGGUUGUGUCAAGCGGAGUGGACAUGACCACUAUUCUCUUCAAGCUGGGAUUUGAUGAAGCCCUUGUGCGAUCCAAGCUAGCUGCUGGAACAAGCACUUUUGUAUUGGCCUACGCUAUUCAUAAACUGUUUGCUCCUGUCCGGAUCAGCAUCACUGUAGUCUCAGUGCCCUUUCUUGUUCGCUAUUUUCGGAAGAUAGGAAUUUUCAAGCCUCCGGCUCCAAACCCCUGAAAUUAUUCUCUGGAAUUAAAAAGGAUGCUUUUGCUAGCUAAUGCACUCUGGCUUUCCUGUUUGGAAACCCUCCUCCCCCCCCCCCCCAAAUCUCUUUCUUCGAAAGGAUGGGGAUGUGCUUUGUCAGAAAACAGUAACUACUUUAAAACGACUACUGUCUAUGUGGCUGAUACAUUGCUUACUGAAGCCCUGAAGAAUUAUUGAUUGGAUACGCUAAUAAACAUGUCAGAUCACACCACUAGAUCCUUUAACCCAGCACUGUCUGUAUGGAGCAGGAAGGCUUUUUAAACAAUGGGCCUUACGAUUGUCCUUACGGUAGAGGAUGUUGAAGAACAGGCAUAAAUUACAAGAAGGCAGGUUCAAGUUGAAGACUAGAAACCCUUCCGGAGAGCAAUUUGACAAUGAAGCCAAUUUCAGAUUUCUUUUUUCUGGAUGCUUUCAGGCAGAUUCUGACCUGAACUGAAUACAGCUGUAAACUCUAUAGACCAGAGGUCCCCAACCUUUCCAGCUUGGCGGCCCGGAAGGAAAGGGAGCAGCAGGGAAAUGUGCACACGGGCACAUGCACGAUUGCAGCACUAGCAUGCGCAAACAGGCCGUGCACACAUGGCAUAUGUGCUAACGCCCACAUGCAUGCGCAAAUGGGCCGCUAGCACCCGUGUGAUGCUGGCAGCAGUGCUAGCGUCCCCAAAUAUGCACAAAUGGGACUGCUAGUGCCCGCGUGGCUACUGUGAGUAGGGUGGGGCUCGUCAGCUAUUCCUGGGGCCUGGUGGCCAAUAGCCACAGACCAGUACCUGGCUGUAGACCAUAGGUUGGGGACUCCUGCUGUAGACUAAAUGGUCUUUUAAGUUCUGAUCCUAAGCCUUCCACAUUCUCUGCAAAUUUAUCUUUUAAAUAAGCUGAUUGAGUUUAGGAUGCAAAUUAUGUGUUAUACCACUAAAUUUUGUUUCAUGUGCAGUGAUUUUGUAAAUAAAGGUUAAAGGAAUUUUAAACAAGUAGAAAUGCAAAUAUGUACAUGAAUAAGUACAAUACUUGGUUCUAAGGAAUUAUAUUUCUUGUAUUACAAGCUAACAUUGUAACAACUACUUUUUGGUUGACGUGAGCUACUGGUAGUCCUUGACUUACGAACAUAAUUGAGCCCACGAUUUUGGUUGUAAGUCAUAGUUCUAAAGCAUGUCAUCACAUGACUGGACCUGAUUUUUCAACUUUUUUUACAGUAGUCAUUAAGCAAAUCUGCAGUUGUUAAAUAACCUCAUUGUUUGUUUUGGUUUUUUUUCUGGAAACUGGAAAUUCUAGUUUAAAAAAAAAAAAACAUUGGAAAUCAGUUACAUAGCUGCAAGAUGCUGCAAACAGUAAUAAAUACAGGCCAGUUUCUCAAAUAUGAGGUUAUGUCGCUGCAAGGGGGGAGCAUAUCAGAACUUUGAAUCUGAGUCUUAAGUCCCUUUUUCAUGGUUUGUAGUGACUUCAAACACUCAGUAAGUGGCCAGCCGUAAAUCAGAGUACCUGUAUCAGACACUUCCUGCCUAUAAUAGUGUACAGGCAUGGGGGGAUUUCCAAACACUGAAAUGGUUGAGUAAUUUAAUGACAGUGAGUAAUAGUAUUAGCAUACAUAAUAGGGCAAUUUGAGAAUAUGGCAGUUAGAAACUAGAAUUCACCAUUUUUCUUGAGUUUGGUGUGCUUUGAUGUGGAAUGUUUUUUUGUUUAGUUUUUUUAAUGAUAUUGUGCCUAUUUAUAGUGUUUAUAUAUUUCCUAUUGCAAAAUGGCUAUUCUUGAUUUGUAACUAUUAUAGUCAGAAGAAGCUUCCAGAGGCUACAAAAACUACACAUUCCCACAUCUCCCCGCUUAAUAACCCACAGUUGUGGGGUUACAUCAACAGGCUGCGCUGCGAUUGCCAUCACAAAACAAUGCUGUCACACAAAAUUACACUUUCUCACUACAUUAGUUAGAUUUUCAUCAUAACCCCAGGAUAACUCUGAGAAUUGCCUGGAAUCACUACAUGCCAAAAGAAAUGAUUGAAAAAUACAAGGACUUGUAUUUUCAGGAUCAAACAUUAUUCACUUUAUCUGAACUUUACAGGCAGCUUGAAGUGAAAUGUGUUACAUGUUUGGAUAAAUGUAAAUUCUAAAAUUUAAGUACCACCAGAUGCAAAUAAAAGCGCUGCAGAACCAU